CAGAGAAACAGUCAGAACUAUCAGACCACAGGCAGCUUCAGAUCAACAGCAGUGACAGCAGGCAGCUAACAUCAGGCUGAACUGAGGAUCUUACUGACAAACACCAUGAAGAUCUUCGUCUUUCUCUGCUUCGCUCUGAGUUUCAUGGAUCUGUGUCUCUGUGGAGAUCCUGUAAACAUCAAAGCAGAACCAGGAGAGAACGUUAAUCUGCCAUGUGAAGCUGACAGGAACAGCAAAGUCUCAGUUGUAGACCUGACCAGAAACGACCUGGAACCAGAAUAUGUGUUUCUCUACAGGGAUGAAGAGAUUGAUGUAGAUCUCCAGAACGCUCAGUACUUGGGCCGAACAGAACUGCACAGCCUUUACAGCACUGAUGGAAAGGUCAAUGUGACUAUAAAGAAUGUAACAGAGAAGGACAGUGGAGACUAUGAAUGCAGUGUCAGGACUGGAAUAGGAAGCAACACACGCAGGAAGAGAGCCGCUUCAGAAAAAACCACCAUCACCAUCAAGCUGAGUGUAGCUGCUGCUGCUCCUGCUGCUCCUCCAGGUGGAGGACACAUUGGACCGGUUCUGGUGAUGUUUGCUGUGGUUGCUGUUCUAGCUCUUCUGGCUGUGUUUGUCUGGAAGAAGAGAAAUGUUUCUCCUCCCCAGGAUGAAACUGUAGAGACUCUUCAGCCCUGACUAGCAGCUGUAAACAUCAGCAGACCUUGUUAUUCUGCUUUGCCCUGCUUGCAUCAGUGUAAUCCAGCCAUUAGACGGACACAAGACCGAACAUUGCUAAUGACGGUCCCAAGCCCGGAAAAUGGAGAGGGUUACUGAGGAAGGGUUGGGUUCCUAUUUCAAUCUGUGGGCUGAAACUUAUUAAUCACAAUAUUUCAACAAAUUACAUCAACUGAUUAACAGACUUAUUACUUUCUGUAAUAUUGACCUGGGUACAUCCCUAAAUAAUACGUUUUAAGAAGCGUCUGAUUUUAAAUCUCUCUUCUGUGUUUUUCUAACGCAUCUGUUUCUGUGUUUCUCAUUUACGAUUAUAUUUUAGUCUUCUGGUGUCAGUUUAUUGUGACAUUUAAUAAAAGCAAAAUGAGAAGCUAA